CAACGAGGACAUAACUACCUAUGGGUUUACUAUGGGGGUUGCAAUACGUUCCCUCUGCAGGAGUGAUUGGCCCCGCGCUUCUGCAAGCUAUGGAGACACUGCGGAUCACCGUCUGGACGUGAAAGCUUAUCCCACCACGAUGCAUUCUACUCCCCAACUUGUAUCUCCUGCCCUUGCUAGAGACUUACAAGACUGCAGGAAGACUUAUCUGAAUAUACUCAUGGCAUUUCUAGCCCUUCAGUCGAUAUCAGGAUCUGAAAAUCUUUUGGUGGCUACCCUCACGCUGAUACUAUAUACUAUCAGCCUGCACAUCACUGCUAGCGUGCCGGGUGUUUCUCACCUUGGAGCAGUAAUUUUUGGAAUUUUGCACGCAAUUCCAGCGGUUGGAAUUCUCGCCGUAACGUCAGUGGAGUUGGCGUUUGCGGUAAAAUCACCAGCAGUGGCUGUUUCUAUCAUCAUAUCUUGUUUCCUCCCUACGAUGAUUGUGAUUUCCCAGUACCUCCGUAUGCGGUACUACAUGAAGGCAAUGAUAGAUCAGCUCCCGAUGACCGUCCCUGAGGACCUAGCAUUAGAGCUGGCAUGAUUGGAGUUCACUGAUAGUCCUUCCCCACUGCCUGUUCUCAAUUGUCCCCUCCUUA